GAAUCAUCUUCUCCUUUUAUCCUCCUUCCAAUUCCAACCCUGUCCCUACCAUCUCCACCGCGAGCUGGCGAGCCUCCGUACGUGCCGUCGUUCCUGUUCGCCGCUGUCGCGCGGAUUCGCGAAUACACGUCCGAGUUCCCCGAGGAUGGCUGCGAUGCUGUCCAAUUGUUCGCGGUUCGCGCCCCGUGCGAUCACGCGGAGCAGCGUGUUACGGACCAAGCUCGUGAGAUCGUUGUACAAUCAAGGGCGCACUGUAGUUAUCCAUGCCGAAUCUGCACCCGAUACUAAAACUUCAUUAUGUAAAAAGUAUAAGGCGAAUCAUUGUUGGAUAAAUCAAACGACGAGACAAAUCCAUCCUACUUUGGCAUUAUGGGAGAUCAAGGAGGUCCUAGUUCCUGCAUUUGCCGAAAGUGUAAGCGAGGGCGACGUAAGGUGGGAGAAAAAGGUCGGCGAUCAGGUCAAAGAGGACGAUGUCCUUUGUGAGAUCGAAACGGACAAGACUUCGGUUCCUGUUCCAUCGCCCGGGCCAGGUGUUAUAAAGGAGCUCUUCGUUAAGGAUGGCGACACAGUAAAACCAGGACAGAAAUUAUGUACCAUUGACAUCGGCGCGACCGGCGGAGUUGCACCGACGGCGGAAGCCCCGAAACCUGCUGCAGCUGUUCCGCCACCCCCACCGAGAGCAGCAGCACCACCUCCUAGUGCAGCAGCUCCACCACCUACGCCAAAACCAAAACCUACGGCACCUGUUCGACCUGCCAGUCAACCGCCAUCCGCGCAACCGGUUGCGUCGAUGCCAGUUGCGGCAAUCAAGCAUGCUCAAUCGCUGGAAGGCGCAAAAGUUCAACUACCUCCCGCCGAUUACACGCGCGAGAUAAUCGGCACCAGGACGGAGCAACGGGUGAAGAUGAACAGAAUGCGCUUACGUAUCGCGGAACGUUUGAAAGACGCGCAGAAUACAAACGCUAUGUUAACCACUUUCAACGAGAUUGAUAUGAGUCGCAUCAUGGAGUUCCGUAAAACGCAUCAAGAAUCGUUUUCGAAGAAAUACGGUCUCAAGCUUGGUUUCAUGAGUCCGUUUAUCGCGGCUAGUGCUUACGCUCUGAAGGAUCAACCGGUGGUGAACGCAGUUAUAGACGGCACCGACAUAGUAUAUAGAGAUUACGUAGAUAUUAGCGUGGCGGUCGCGACGCCAAAAGGACUCGUCGUACCGGUACUGCGCAGCGUGGAGAACAAGAACUUUGCCGAGAUCGAAAUUGCUCUGGCUUCGCUGGGCGAUAAAGCCAGGAAAGGAAAGAUCACGGUCGAGGACAUGGAUGGUGGUACUUUCACGAUAAGCAACGGUGGUAUCUUCGGAUCGCUCAUGGGCACUCCCAUCAUUAAUCCGCCGCAGAGCGCGAUUCUUGGCAUGCACGGUGUCUUUGAUAGGCCCGUUGCUGUCAAGGGAGAGGUUGUCAUUCGACCAAUGAUGUACGUAGCUUUGACGUACGAUCAUCGACUCAUCGAUGGACGUGAGGCCGUAUUCUUCCUGAGGAAGAUCAAAGAUGCCGUAGAGGAUCCUAGAAUUAUUUUGGCUGGCCUUUAAUAAUGCGCACGUUACGCGUUAACGAUUUCUCGCCGUGAACGAAUACGAACGAGAGCGAGGUCCAGGAACUCGGCAGGGAAUUUUCCCUCUUCAAAAGUCUUUUACCAUUGGAACGUCUCAUUACUUCUCGUCUCGUUUCGAGUUUGUCGAUCUCCGACUCGCAUAGCAUGCUAGAUCACUCGCGUCCAGUCACGCGAAUAAAGCUAAGCAUACAAACUAGUCCCGUCUGUAACUUGGAAUUCUUAUUAUAAAAACAUUGCAAGUCAUUUUGCGCGUUAAAUCUCUGCUGUAACGCGUUUUUCUUCCCGAAAUUCCUCGAUACGGCACAACAAUAGUAAUUGCGUAAUCGGUAGUGUCGACCUUUACGCUCGAAGCAUUAGAAUGCCCGUGAGCUCUCGUAUUUUUAUUCUUCUCGACGAUCGCGCUACGCUUGAUCGAGCACAACGGAGAGAGCAGGCUAAAAAGUACUUGACUAGAUGUAGAUCCUACAAGCUAAAAUAAAAUUUCACCAAUCUAGCAUUGUUGAAUCAUCGCGAUCACAUCGGCGGCGGCGGCGGCGACAACGUAAUUUACGUAACGCGCGACUCGAUAGAUGUUCAAACACUGGAAAUAUUACUGUUUGCACACCAUUUGUACGUUAUAAUAUACAGCGCAGUAUAUUAUAAUCUCCGAAUCCGUUCGCAACGGCAAGUUUUGCACUCGACCGAAAGCGGGAUAUCCCGAUUAUGUGAUCUUGUAAACCAAAAGCGUUUUUCAAUAAAAAGCUAAACUGUUGGCAUGUUUUUCUAACAUAAUGUGGGGCGUUAUGGUGUGCAUUAUGUGUUGACGUACAAAUGGAGCACACUGCCAAUAUCCGAGUAUCUCGAAUCGUUAAAUCGCACUCGAGUGUUUAGUCACUCGUAACUGUACAGACCAUAUUAAUUUCUCGCGCCUUGUUUGUGCGUUGCCAUCGGUAUCAUCCCUCGAUAACGAACCAUCACUACGUAAAAAGAUAUAUGUCAAGUUCAAUACCAUACGUAAUAUACAUACUAUUAUUAUACAUUGUAUAUAGUAUAUGUAUGUAUACUAUAGUAUAUGUAUAUUGAUUCUUAUCGAUCAUCUCGUGAAACGUGGCGUCAGAAAUGAGAAAAUACAUGUGAUUAAUUCUCGUA